AUGACAUUGCUGACGCGUUGUCUGCAGGUCCUGAAGGGAAGUGAAAGAGCCGUGACGCCAACGCCGCCAGAGCAAGAGCACACCCAAGAUCAAAACGAUCUCCCCUGGCAACUCUCCACAGCGAUCAAUGUUCUCCGCUUUACUUACUGGGUUCUGACGCCCACCGGCUUCCUUGUCACCCUCUACGGUCUAAACGUUGUGGCCUGGGGCGGCAUGCUCUUUUUGCUUAUCUGUAACGCAUCGCCAGCAAUGUGCCACCCAAGCUGCAAUGAUAUCAAUUCUGCGAACAGGAAAUGGAUUGAGGUUGACUCUCAGGUUCUGAACGCUCUGUUCUCCCUUCCUGGGUUUGGACUGGCGCCCUGGCGCUUCCGAGAUAUGUAUUGGUGGGUGGGGUGGCGCGUUGGGGGGGCCAAGACAAAGUCGUGUCAAGCGUUGGAAAGGUUGGCGGAGAUACACCAGAACUGGGUGCGACUGCCUGAGCUUCUGCCCGUUACUCCGCCUGCACAGUUGCUACAGCUAGAGCUAGGAGUGACGGCUGAGCCAACGCCAGACUCCCCAAGGAGUCUAGCUUCUCAAAGCUCUACGCAGUGUGCACCUCGUGCCCCACCUACCGCCCUGUGGAAACUCGACUUUGUGAUCUGGAGCAACCUAUGGAAUACUAUCUUUCAGGCAUGCCUCGCGGGAUGCAUGUGGGGGCUAAAUCGAUAUAACCGACCCAGUUGGACCACAGGGUUGUUUGUCGCACUCGCAUGUGCAGCCUCAGGAGCCAGUGGAAUCAUGAUACUCCUUGAAACGAAAAGGACCGAAAGGACUGAGGGAGUAAGGAGGAGUGCGCGAGAGAAGGCGAUUAGACACCGCAUACUAGGGAAAUACGGCGCGACUAUUCGUUCGCAUGGUAUUUGUAGAGUCUAG